AUGCCUGCAGCAGCAGCAGCAGCAGCAGCAGCAGCAGCAGCAGCAGCAGCGGCAGCAGCGGCAGCAGCAGGGGGAUUAGUAGUAGUAGCAGAAAAUCCUGCUGCUGCUGCUGCUGCUGCAGCUGCAGCAAGAGAUGCAGUAGCAGUGCAACACGAAGCAGCAGCAACUGCAGCAGCAGCAGCAGCAGCAACAGCAGCAGCAGCAGCAGCAGCAGCAGCAGCAACUAACCACCAAAGCGCAACAUCGCAGCAAGGGUACAGAGCCUCAGCGUCAUUGGGGUCGACCUGA